CCUAAACGCAGUUUCCCCAGUAGCAGCACUCUCUGCCGUGGCAGCAUUUAGCUUUUCAGAUGUUUCAUUUUCUGUUUAAUUAGAAACGUCAGGAAGGUUUUGAUAGCUAGGUGCAGCUGCGAAUAACUUCUCCACUAUAAAAGGCUGAAGGGCAACGUUUUCGCUAUGUUUGCGCCAAGAGGUUCCCGUUGACCGGUAAUUAGCCUAAAGUUAAAAGCUAACUGCUAACAGCUAGCAUAGCUGUCUAACGUUUUCGCCGGUACAGGCGGACCUCUUUGUCUGACAGGGGAAGGCGUGCUCUUUUGUUAGGCUUUACCCUUUGUCCAUUCGGGAAAGAGGAACUGUUUGGUCAGGAUUUCGCAAUUAUCUGCAGCUCUCAAAAUAUUUAGAAAAUGCAAAUCGCGAAAAAAUACUUAUCAGAAGGCCUGAUUCAGUUAACAAUCUUACUCAGUUUGAUUGGAGUUCGUGUGGAUAUCGACAGCUACUUAAGCGGCUAUUAUACGCCUCUGAUAGAGAUUAACUUGGGUCCUAGCUCAGCCUACACCCAGACACCCUUUCAUAAUUUGAGAGACACUCUUGACGGAUACAGUGUACAUCCAAAAUGUCCCGAGUUGGACUAUUUCUUUGCAAGUCGCCGGCUACUAGACGAGGUGAGGACCCUUGGCUCCCCACGGUUCCCCACACAGUUGAACGCAUGGCUGGUGCACCAAGUGUCUGCCACUGACAAGGCUGACUGUGGGCCUUCAACCAGCAACAACACUGACACCAACUCAGGGUUAGAAAGCCCCGGGGACGAAGCCAGGGAUGACAAUGAACACCUGCCUGACAGUGGCCAAGAGGUGUGCCAAACAACCCCCGGACACCGACAAGGGCCUUGUAACGCUGGAGCCUGCGGGUUUUUUAAAGAGGAGAAUGAUGUUAAAGUUAAAGAGGAAGAACCUGCCCCACUCACUCAGCUGGCUCACAGUUCCACACUGGAACAAGAGAGUCUGCUUGAAGGCAUCACUACUCUGUCUGGUCCAGUACGCCACCAUCCUCCAACCAUUGAUAUUGAACAGCACUGGAGCAAUUUACUCUCUCUGUCUGUUACUGACCUAGACGACUUGGACUCCCUUGUUACUGAGCGUCUGUCAGACCUUGACACAGACAUCACCAGUGCCAUCAGCCAGGAUGUCAGUUUGCAUGAUGCUAUGGUAACCAGUGCUGGAGCAUUUGGUGUGGCGUCUGAAAGAGCUGAAUCCAGGCUAGUCACCCAACAACAAAGAACCCUCUUCCGACUGGAAUCCACAGGGUCCUCACACUCCGAUGCAUCACCAGGGAUGGCAGUGGGCCUGGCUGCUCUCCCCUUUGCUUCAGUAUGUAAUUUAACUGGAAAUGUGUCACCAAAUAGUACACUGGGUGGCUGUCUGGAUGAGGCAGUGUUUGAUCAGAUCAAUCAACUUGGUUUGGAAGGCCUGGACACUAUGGACACACAGCUGAUGGGCUGUCUGGAGAGCAUAGACCCACAGGUCCUCGAGGACUUGGACUCAGACUCUGGUCUCUCCUUGGAGAGCAGCUCUGGAGGUCCAGUCUCCCCAGGCUCAUCCGAGAUGUCAUCAUCAUCCAGUUCAUAUUGUGAGGAUGAGUGUGGCGCUACAGGCUACAGCAGUGAGGUGGAUUCAGUCCCCUCAAAAGGCAUCAUGGACUACACCACAACAUGGUCACCCAUUGAUCUGAGUGAGAGUGUAUGGCAUGACCACAGCUACUCAUCUCCUGCUUUCUUCAACCAGCCAUCAGUAACACUUCCCCACAAAGGUAUCAAAGAGGAGCCUCUCAGUGAUGAUGAUGAUGAUGAUGGGCCAAGUUUGGACGAGAGGGAACUGAGUCGAGAUGAGCUGCGCGCCCGUGCCAUGUUUAUCCCGUUCUCUGUCCUGCAGAUUGUCAACAUGCCGGUGGAGGAAUUCCUGGAGGUCCUUGACGGUCACGGCUUCUCCCCUGAGCAGGUGACCCUCCUAAGGGACAUCCGCAGGCGGGGGAAGAACAAAUUGGCAGCACAAAACUGCCGGAAACGCAAACUAGAUGCCAUCACAGGGCUCCAGGAGGAGGUGGAAAGGUUGCAAGCUCAGAGAGACAGGCUACUGAGGGAGAAACAGCUUACAGCCAAGACAAUGGGUGCUGUGGGCCAGCAGAUAAAGCAGCUGACCAGAGACGUCCUGGCCCGGCUCAGGGAUGAUUCAGGACAGCCCCUGAACCCAGAAAGAUUCACCCUGCAGUGCGGGGCUAACGGGAGGGUUGUGGUUCAGCCUGUAAGACGGCCUGCUGUCUCCACAUCAACUGGCACCAAAACAGACAAGAGAAAGAAGGAGAAAAAGCAAUGAUGCAGUAUUGCCAGCUGAGACUUGAGCUUUUAGGUUUUUGGAUAUUUCUGAACUUACUUGUCUGACUCUGGUUUUGGAAUCUCCUCUUUUGUAAAAGUGUGUGUGGAUUCACCACUGUUGGGAGCCUAAAUUGGCAAAAGUUGCAAAAAGAAAAGAAACUCAGAACAUUAAAAAAAAAAUCUCUGUAAAUAAAAUUUCUCAUGGGAAAUAUGUAGCUUACACACUGGACAUUGUUUGCUUAAAGAUGGACAAGGCACCCAGAGCAGUUUAAUGCAACAGCUAAGCUGCUGGCGAUGCUACCAGUCUCUCUUUGUGCCUGUUAACAUUAAAGUCAUUGAGUCUUAACCAUUUUUACAGACAAGCGUAGACAACCAGACAUGUCUAAAGUCAACAUGGCCAGCAUUGUGACAUUUACUGGAUAGAGAUGUAGGAGGAGGAUUCCGGAUUUUGUUUCCAUGUAAUCUUGCCUCUCAUGUAUACCUUUUCAGCAUAAGGAGGUUAAACGUUGUAUUUAUUAAAGUUUCUAAGGUUCCUGAAAUGCUUAUAUGCAUCAUGAGACCAUCGAGGGCAGUAUCUUUUUUUCAUAAUGGUAAGUUGAUCUCAAAGUGGUAAGAAUAUUGGAACAUUACCUAUCAAAUGUUUACAGAUUUGUUUCAGAUAUUUGAGGGCAUGUACUGUUCAGUAGAAAUUUGAACUUAAAUCUUAAAAAAAAGAGAAGAUUUUUUUUGGUUUUCUUUAUAUGUCUUGAUGACAUACAAUAUACCAAUGAUUAAACUGACAAGGCCUUAAUUUGCAAUGGAUAAGUGUUUUGGAUACUGUGUGUGUUUGUACAUGAUCCACAGCUGCACAUUAUCAUGACAAAAAUGGUAAACAUUUUUGUCAUGAUAAUGAUGACAAAGGGUGAGGCUACCAUUUUAUGUUUUAAAUUGAUCUUGAUUAAUUCAUUUCAAGCACAAUUUUGCUUAACAAUUACUUAAGAGAUUUGGCAAGAUUAUAUUCUACCUCACACCUUAGUUUGUUAUAUAUUUUGGACGAAUUUAAAAAAAAAAAACUAUUUAGGGGAACGUAAGUGCACUCAUUAACUACAAAUUAAAAUGGCCCUAAAUAGACCUUAACCAUCCCAUUUCUGAAAAAUAAAAUACAAUCACCAACUCUAUUUAACAGGAUUGAAUGCCGUUUUGGAUGUUGAUAUUGUUGAUGUAUUUGAGAUUAUCUGAGAGUUGAAUAAAGUAUUUUGUAGAAGUUGCCAUUUUAUUAAUGGGAACACCACUUAAUGCUUAAUGAGUGAGUGAGUUAAAUGGAGAAAGGUACAUAACGUAGUUAAAGAGACAGUUCACUCCAAAAUCAAAAAUACAUAUUUUUCCUGUUACCUGUAGUGCUAUUUCUCCAUCUAGAUUGUUUUGGUGUGAGUUGCUGAGUUUGGAGAUAUCAGCCAUAGAGAUGUCUGCCUUCUCUCGAAUAUAAUGGGACUAAAUGGCACUCGGCUUGUGUUGCUUAAAGCACCAAAAAAUACAUUUGAAAAAUGUAUUUUCCAAAACAACAAUGUCUCUUUGCAGAAAUCAUGGCUCAAGAUAAUCCACAGAUUUGUUGUGAACAGUCUAAGGCCGAUAUCUUCAAAACUCAGCAACUCACACCAAAACAAUUUAGAUGGAUACAUAGCACUACAGGUAAGAAUAAAAAUAUAUAUUUUUGAUUUUUGGGGUGACCUGUCCCUUUAAUAGUGUGACCGAUUAAGUGUUUCCUUAAUUAGUCCCUCACACAUUUGUAUUUAAUUUCGUGGUUUGACCAAGGGUUAACUUUGCUGUUUAUAUACAUUUCAAACUGUUUUUCUUUGUUGUUGCAAAUGUUUUUGAUUGCAUGGUGAUUUUUGAAUGUUGCAGUAUGAUUUUGCUUAGGGAAUAUGAAAUGGUCUUGCAGACAUUGUUUUUUCCUGAUUUAAAAAAAAAAAAAAAAAAGAAAAGAUAAA